GAGAGAGAGAGAGAGAGAGAGAGAGCUGUCCGCUUUGUGGCCAUGCCUGACCAGCUGGGCUGGCCCAGCCCUGGGCUGCUCUCUUGAAGCCAGCCAUCCGGACAAAGCCAGAGGCCACCUUUAUGGAAGAUGACCGGGUUGACCUACGCACCUGCCUGAUCUGCGGAGACCGAGCCACGGGCCUGCACUACGGCAUCAUCUCCUGCGAGGGCUGCAAGGGCUUCUUCAAGCGGAGCAUCUGCAACAAGCGGGUCUACCGAUGCAGCCGCGACAAGAACUGCGUCAUGUCCCGCAAGCAGCGCAACCGGUGCCAGUACUGCCGCCUGCUCAAGUGUCUCCAGAUGGGGAUGAACCGGAAAGCAAUUCGCGAAGACGGCAUGCCUGGGGGCCGGAACAAGAGCAUUGGACCCGUCCAGAUCUCUGAGGAAGAGAUCGAGCGGAUCAUGUCUGGGCAGGAGUUUGAGGGGGAGGCCAACAUCUCCUGGAGCAACAAUGGGGACAGUGACAACAGCUCCCCUGGGAACGGGGUCUCGGAGAGCAACCAGCCCUCCCCAGUCUCCACCCCAUCCUCAAGGUGGGACUUGCGGUCUGUGGAGAUGAAUGGAUUCACCGCCCUCAGGGAUCCGUACAUGGGCACGCCGGUGCCUGCGCCCUACCAGUACCUUCCGCACCUUUUGAGCUGCCCGGCUCACGCGGCCAUUGUGCCCUCCCAGCCCCGGAGCCAUGACCCCCAGUCCCACAGCCUCCUCAUCAGCCAGUUGGUGUCUGCGGAGGACUUGGAGCCCCUGGGCACCCCCAUGCUCAUUGAAGACGGGUACAAAGUGACUCAGGGCGAGCUCUUUGCCUUGCUGUGCCGGCUGGCGGACGAGCUGCUCUUCCGCCAGAUCGCCUGGAUCAAGAAGCUGCCCUUCUUCUGCGACCUGUCCAUCAAGGACUACACCUGCCUCUUGAGCUCCACCUGGCAGGAGCUGAUCCUGCUCUCCUCCCUCACCGUCUACAGCAAGCAGAUCUUUGGGGACCUGGCCGAUGUCACCUCCAAGUACUCCCCUUCCGAUGAUGAGCUCCAGCGGUUUAGCGAAGAAGGGAUGGAGGUGAUGGAGCGACUCAUCUACUUGUACCGCAAGUUCAACCAACUGAAAAUCAGCAAGGAAGAGUAUGCGUGCAUGAAAGCCAUUAACUUCCUCAAUCAAGAUAUCCGCGGCCUGGCCAACGCUUCCCAACUGGAGCAGCUGAACAAACGCUAUUGGUACGUGUGCCAGGAUUUCAUGGAGUUCAAGUAUCCCCAUCAGCCAACCCGGUUCCCGGACCUGAUGAUGUGCCUGCCCGAGAUCCGUUACAUUGCAGGGAAGAUGGUGAGCGUUCCCCUGGAGCAGCUGCCCCUCCUCUUCAAGGCCGUGCUGCACUCCUGCAAGGGCGGCAUGACGAAGGAGUGAGGAAGACCAAGAGGAGGGGGAUCCCUGCAACCGAGGCUGAAGACGGGAAGUGGCCGCUUUGGCAGGGCAAUGGGUAGCCUUGCCGUCGUAGCAGGAAUCCUCGUUUUUUGUAUUUUUUUUAACUCGUUUCCUAUAAUAUUUAUUUCACGACA